UCGGGACUGGUGCAGCGGCACAAGACACGGCUCGCGAGCGUUCGGUCACCGCGCCGAAGGGGGCGCGGGCAGAGUCGUCGCCGCCUACCGCCGGACCGCCUCUGAACAGGAAGCUGUGCGCGGGCCGCGGAGGCCCGCCCCCAUGAAGCGACUAGCCCGCAGGCCCCAGGGACGGGAGCGGGGUGGGGGGGAAGCGGGGGGCCGCCGCUGACGAAAAGCUGCGCCUCCGCAACCGAUCACAGGCCGCUUCGCCAGGCAGCCGCAGCGUCCAUGUUGACUGCCCCCAGCGGAAGUCGUUUGGCAGAGCGGAAGAAGAACCUGCAGGGGGACUUCCGACAUCAACCUGUGCCUGUUCUCCCCGCUCUCCGGCGCUGGGGUGCUUGGGGGCGCGUGGGAGCGGGGCGGGGCCUGGCGCCUGGGCGGGAAGGACGGAAGCGGGGGCCGCGCGUCGCCGGAAGCUGGUGUGGGGGUGGAGUCGGCUUCGUCACCGUGACGUCCGUAGUUUCCCGGCCUUGA